AUGAAACUUCGGGGCAGCCUGCGCCGCCAGCACUCACCCAGCACACGGCAGCGGGGGGGGUUCAGCGCCGCCUGCCACCCUGAGACACCAGGCAGCAGCUCCAACUCUGCUGAAGCCAACAGAGCUCAGGCCGCACCUCACAGGUUCUACGGCUCAGUAUUCAGGGGACCUAGGCCCCUCACCUUGGCGUCGGGCCCAUCUUCCAUCCCCCAGUUCCCAGGCCUCCCCGCGCACAAGCAGGGGGAGCGCGAGGGAACAGCGAAGCGAGCUGCCCCCCGGGGCCCGAGCGCACCGCAAACGAGCCGGGUGUUUCCCUGCCCAGCUGGCUGGCUGCCCCGCCCCCCGGCCCCGGCAGUGUCAGAGCCCGCCCCAGCCAAGCGGCCCGCCCGGGCUUCCCCCGGCCACGCCCCCCGCCGGCCCGCCGGCCAAUGGGAGGCCAGGCCGCUGUCAGUAAAGGCCCGCGGGCCCGGCCUGGCCGGGCAGGCAGCGGGGCCGGGGGCUGCUCCGGGCCGGGUUCUCCGGGCCGCAGGCUCCGGGGCUGCGGCUGGACAACGCCGGGAAAACCCCCUUCCCCGGCGCUACCGGCUGAAGCUGAACGAGACGCUCCCCACCCUGGGCUUCCCCGUGGAGACGGUGGCGCCCGUCCGCGACGUGCCCUUCACCCUGUGGGAUGUGCGGGGCCAGGCUCGGAUCAGGGCCCUGGGGCGACACUACCACGGCCACACGGACGGGCUGGUAUUGGUGGCGGGCAGCGCCGACGCCCAGCGGCUGCGGGAGGCGGGGUGGGAGCUGGGAGCCCUGCUGGCGGCUGAGGACUUGCAGGGGGUGCCGGUGCUGCUGGCGGACAAGCAAGACCGGCCCGGUGCCCGGUCCUGCGCGGAGCUGGCGGAGGAGCGGGGCUGCGGACCCUUGGGGACCCCCCGAGGAGCUGAUCUUCCAUCCUCCCUAGGCGCCCGCAGCGGCCUUGGUGUCGCCCCAAGGACGCGCCCCCAGGGAGGCCCCGGCCCGAGCCCCGUGGGAGCUGCUGAGCUUCCUCUUUCUCCCGGGGCCGCCGCGGCUCGGUAACGAGCAUUCCCCGCGUUGGCCGGCCAAGGGCGCCUGGUGCGUUUUGUUCGCCGCGGCAGGAGCGCGGGUGUCCGGGGCGAAGUCCACGCUGGGGCGCUGCCCCCUCCGUCCCUCCUGCAGCGUCUGCGGGGGCCGGGCUCAGAUGGGGCAGCGCCCGUGGGCCCCCGUGCGUGGCGCCGCUGGACCCCCGUGAGCUCGGUUCUGCUCAGCUGCCAGGCCCGGGACAUUCAGGGCUUGCUGCAGCCGUGAGAGGCUCGCAGGGAGCCUGGGGCGGAAAGUGCGAGGGAAACGUCGGCGGCCGAAACCUCUGGUGGGGGAACUCCCCGAGCUCAGUGCAGCGGAUUCCCUCGCGUGAAGCGAAGCCCCGGGGGAGGUGGCCCGGGGUGUCGCCAGGAGUUAUUUUAGGGCCGCGGGCGGGGCUGGGAUCCUUCCUUGGAAGCGCCCCUGCUCUCGGAUCCUUUUCUCAGCCCUCGUGGGGAGUCGGUGCGCAGCUGUUCAAUGCUUGUGGGGCGGGCAGCGGGGGGAGCGCGCACUAGUGGCUCUCGGAUCAGCCUGUCCUUGCAAUGCCACUGAUCGCCAGCAGGGCUUAUUGUGCCCUCGCUCUGUGCCUCAGUUUCCCCAGUUGGCAGGGCCAGUCUGUACCGACCUGCUGGGGAUCACAGAGUGUUUGCAAAGGGCGCUGGGUCCCUGCGCACAGAUCCAGCGAGCGUUGGGACUGUGUGAAUGGGGCAGCGAGGCACAAGCCCCAGAGAUGCUGGAACAAGGGACCCUCAAGAGCCCUGAACCUCUGAGCUAAGAGGGAGCCGCGUCUCUACCUCCAAA